ACUUUUUACUUCCGGGUUGCGCGCUAUCAGCAGUUCAUUUAUCAAGCUAAUGUGAGCUAGCCGCCUUUUUGUUAACGUCAUUAGUUUAUUUAAGAAGAAACCGGAGCUCUUUCGUCUGGAAACUUCACAACAACAACUCAGGUCAUUUUUACUCCAUAAAGCCACAAUGCAUGGACAAUGAUAGUGACAUCUCAAACAAGGGAUGUGGAUGGGAAAGUCAACACCAAAAGCUAAUUUCAAUUACACGUCAUCCCUUGACAGCUCCCUGAAGAAGCCUCACUGUUGCUUUUUCACCACAUAAUCCAUCAUGUCAUUACCAAAGGAGUCAGGGAACCGAGGGAAAGAUCGAGAGAGGGGGGCCCGUCCCAAGGUGAGACAGAGCCGCUCAGAGGAGAGGCGAGAUGCAGGCAGUGGACGGAAAGGUGGAAAGGGGAAGAAAAAAGGCCUUGCUUCCCACGAUCCAGCAGCUGAGAGGCCCGUCAGUGAUGGCUUUGAGUAUGGUGAGCUGUUGAGUGACCUCGAGACAAGGGACCAAUCUUCCUCCUCUCCCCUGAAGGAGACUUGGAGAUGGCAAGGCUUGGAAGCCGCUGCCUCAUUACUAGGACAAGAGCGAGUAACAGCCAAGCCAGGACUGGGAACAGUUAGCUCUGGUACAGAGUCACCUGCAUCCAGUGAUGGCGAGGGCAGAGGGUCAAGCAGCAGUCGCACUCUCCGGCAAAAAAUCCAAGAUGCAAUGGGGCAGUGUUUCCCAAUAAAGACACACAGUGCAGCGACACCAGCGCCAUCUCCACAGGCUCUUUCGUCAUCCACUGCUUGUGCCUCCUCGAGGCGCAAGAUCCAUCUCAGUGAGCUGAUGUUGGAUGACUGCCCUUUCCCUGUAGGAUCAGAACUGGCUCAGAAGUGGUAUCUCAUUAAGCAACACACGGCCCCCAUUACCCAGCCUCCCAUUCUUGAUUCUGCAGUAGUGUGUAGUGCCCCUACUCCAGCAAUGGCCACCGUGGUGGAGGACGUUGAUGACAGGUUGCGAGAGCGCAGGCGCAUCAGCAUCGAACAAGGUGUUGAGCCACCACCCAAUGCAGAGAUCCACACGUUCGAGGUGACGGCCCAAAUUAACCCUCUCUACAAGCACGGCCCGAAGCUGGCUCAUGGUAUGAAUGAGUUAUCCGGGGCUGACAGAGCCUCCGCUCAUCAGCAACAGCAGCUUCUCCUCCAAAGACAGCAGCAGCACCAGCUCCUUCUACAGAGCUGUUUGGACACUCUGGAUGAAGUGGUGGCCUCAGCAUCAACCUCUGUCCACACCAGUGAUACCAUCCCCGACACUCUAGUUGACCCAGAGGUUACAGCGACCAACGUGCCCUCUAGAGCUGUAGUUCCUCCGACUGAGCAUCCCAAAUCUCACGACGGCUACCGCAUCCACACUCAGAUUGAUUACAUUCACUGUUUAGUUCCAGACCUGCUGCAGAUCACCAACCUCCCGUGUUACUGGGGGGUGAUGGACCGCUACGAGGCAGAGACGCUGCUAGAGGGAAAGCCCGAAGGCACCUUCCUUCUACGUGACUCCGCCCAGGAGGACUACCUCUUCUCAGUUAGCUUCCGCCGCUACUGCCGCUCGCUACAUGCACGCAUUGAACAGUGGAACCACAACUUUAGCUUUGACGUGCACGACCCCAGUGUCUUCCAUGCGCCCACGGUGACGGGACUGCUGGAGCACUACAAGGACCCCAACUCCUGCAUGUUCUUCGAGCCCCUGCUGUCUAACCCCAUCCAUCGCACACAGCCCUUCUCCCUGCAGCACAUCUGCCGAGCAGUCAUAAGCAGCUGCACCACCUACGAUGGCAUUAACAUGCUUCCCAUUCCAAAUGCUUUGAAAAAGCACCUGAAAGAAUACCACUAUAAGCAGAGAGUACGUGUACGGCGAAUGGACACCUGGUGGGAAUGAAGGACAACAAAAAAUACAGACUAAAAUUGACUACUACAUACAGUUUUAACACUCACUGAACUGAACAAUGAGUCUUGUUCCUCACUCCAACUGGUUGCAUUAACCUACACUACAAUGUACUUAUUUAUUUUAUUCCUGCUGUACACGUCUUAACACUAAACAACACUGAUGAGACAUUAUGUAAUCUCACUGAUCUUGCACACUCAAAGUUCUUUAUGCUCAAAUUAAACAAACUUAUUUAGAUCUGUGGUGUUCAGAGAACUACCCUCACUCAGCCUCUGUGUUUUCAAGUGUGACUAAAUCAGCUUAAUUAUCUGACGAUGGGGGAAAGUGUCCUAGUGUGAAUCAAGAUGAUUAUAAUAGAGAUGUUCAUCAGUCACGUGCUGAGAAGGUGGAGUACAUACUGACAAGGUUUUUCUCCGUGCUACUGAGGUGUGGGAGUGCAGCACGUAUGCAGAAUAAAUCAUUGUUUCCCACAUGAUCCCACAGUUCAUUAAAAGGGGUGAGAGGUAGGCACAUAUGCUGCUUGUUAUUACUGAAAAGUAGAAGCUUGCUCUAAAAUAGAUAAUUGUCACACAUUGAAAGUACAAUUAUGCGCUCACAUCAGUUUCCGGUGGUGGUGUUAGAUGCAGUGAAACAUGCAAAUGAUGAUUUUGCACAACUGGCAUUAAAUGAAUCGUACGCUCAGAUUCUGCAGCUGCUUUGUUUUCACGUUACAUGAUGUCACCCCCUGCAGUUUCUCCUUUGAGGUUAAAACGCAUGUAGACAGUGGCAGCGGUCUUCUUACUUUAAAAGUAAAGGAUCAAGUGUGGCCUUCAUGACCUUCUCAGCAGUAGGUGAAGCAGCUGUAUUAGAAUACAAAUGAUAAAGCCCAGACAUUUAUGGACAUUAUUUCACUCAAAAUCUGACUGUUGCAUUGCCCAUUUCCAAAUGUAGUCAUUCAGUCAGUCCAGAGGUUUGGUCAGGUCUUUUUGAAUUAGCAUUUAAUUAUUGUGUAAAAACCCAGAUCCUUAAAGAAGAAAAAGAUUUCCGUUGCUGUAUUUCCUGCUGUGCAUUUCCUGCUGUGUAUUUUAAAGAGGUGGGGAGUCGACACACUAAUCUUCCAUUCCAGCAGUUCAUUGACGAAAUUACCACAGUGAAUUAGCGCUGAUGAAUCUUAAUUAACAAAGAGAAUGAUGGGAGAAAUUAUGUGUUUUGAACAUUUUUCCGGAUCUUGACAUUAAGUCAGUUACAGAGACAAAAAAUCUACAAGCUCUGCGUAGAGGGAAUCAAUCUGAAGCUAAAAACCUAAAGGCACUGAGGAGAGGUGAAGUUCAAAAUACAACCUAAGUCAAGAUGAAAUUCUUACAGUUCAGCAAAAUAUGAAAAAUAAAUCAGCUAAAAAUAUAUGUCAGACUCCCAUUUCACAGUCUCACCAAUAGACUGCAAUUUCUUGGGCCAUAUGUGUCAUGUUGAGCAAAUACAAAAAUAAAAUAUGCAUUUUUUAUAUUUAAAUACUAAAAUGUACACCUUUUUAGAACCAUGCUAUCUGUGGACAUUGCCAAAGUCAUAUCAAUCUCUUAAAUGGCAGAAAUAUCUGCAUAUUUGAUCGUACAGAUACAACACUAUGGGCCUCAUUCACUAAUAUCUGCGCAGAAAUGUUCUUACUCUCCGCAAAAAAUAAGUACUUGCGCAAAAUCACCGUCGGAUUCAUGACACGUGCGUACCGGCCAAUUUUGUUCUCACCACCGUGCGUAUGUUAGUAAAUCAGAACCAUUCUAAAUUGACAGGCGCGUGUCCGCGAUCUGCAAUCAGCAUACUACCACGCCCCCAUUUCUCCAUAUAAGGAAACCGCUUGCCUAGAGUUCAUUCAUGAAUGAAGGAAGUGGUUACGCGAGGAGAGAAGUAGUAAAUUUCACAGUGUGUUAGAAGUGAUGGCGCCGGGUCUUACAGGAAUGCCAUGGGUCAUUGUAAGAUUGUGGAGGACACAGCAUGCCAGGAUGAUCUUGCACACCUUCUCAGGGGUAUAAAGUAGUUUGCCACCGGCCGUAUCUGAUCCAAACACAUCCAACGGCCCUUAAGCACGCCAAAAGUGCGCUCUGCGGCGCGUGUGUGGGCAUGUAUGUUAUUAUAGCGCACCUCUUGAGGGGUUUCAGGGUUUGUGUAUGGUGUCAUCAGCCAUGUUUUAAGGCCAUAUGCCCGGUCACCCGAACAAUAUAACAUUUUAACAUUAACGGAAUAGAGACUUACUGAAAAUACUAACUUAAAACAAUUGAAAUAAAAGACUAGAACAAAAGAUGCUCACCAACAAGCCAUCCACUUCUCACAGCCCCUGCCUCCAAACGCAUUCCCACUGUACUGUUUUGCAAAAUAAAUGAGUCGUGGGUGCCUCCUGGCCAGCAGGCCACAGCCUUAAGGAUAUGGCAGUCGGCAUUACAGAUCAUCUGCACGCUGAUGGAGUGAUAGUUUUUCUGUUCAUGUUAUUGUUAAUAUUUUAAUUGUCACAAUGAUGAGGGUGAACGUGUGUCAAUUUCAUGGUAAUUUAAUCCAUUUGGCCAAUAUAUUAGUAAAUUAAUGAUUUUAAA